CUGUCUUUGAUUUACCUUGUAGGUUAUGAUAUUAUAACCUAAUGUAUUUAAAAAUCAUUUUUAAAUUUUAACUUUCUAAUUUCUAGUUUUGAAAUACUUAUUUCAUAAUUAAUAUUUGCAUUGGAGCAUAGGUAAUGGAAUCAUCUGAUGAAAACUUUGCUUGGACAGAUGCUUCGAGUACUUCUAGCAAAGACACAGACAUGGUCGUAGAUAUGAAGCGAGGUUCUGAUAGAGAUGAAGCUCACAAGAAUGAAUCCCACGGUGGACCAGAAACUAUUCAGGAUGAACAAAAACAUAGAGAAAAGAAACGAAAAAAGCAUGCCAUUCAUGAGGAGAUAGAGAAUAAUAAUAGCAAUUAUCAAAUAAACCAAUCUAUAAAGUCUGAACCGAAUAGUGAUUUUGAUGCGCCUAAAAAUAAAAAAAGGCACAAACGUGAUAAAACAAGCUCCAGCAGUCAUCACGAUGAAACCUUACAUGAAGCUGAAGACUACUUAAAUCUUAGAGUCAAGCAAGAACAGGCUACCUUUGUAGAACCUUCUCCAAUGAAAACGAAAAAGAAAAAAAAGCAUAAAGAGAAAUCUGAUAAUAGUGAAGAACAAGAAUUAGAACUUUCUGUACCAUACAAAGAUGAAAUUGAUAUUGAUGAACAUAAUUUAGAUACUUCAUGUCUUGUUAACGAUGAUCACUCUGAAACUAGUGAAAUAGAUAUUAGUAACAGAAAGACAAAGAAGAAGAAAAAAGAAAAAUUAUCAAUGGACUACGACACAAGUGAAAUAUUAGAGGAUUCUGCAGAUAGCUGUCAAACAAAGAAGAAGAAAAAUAAAGAGUUAUUACAGGCUGAUGAUGGCAAUGAUGAGUUGCAACAUGAAGAAAACAGUCAAAUUUCAAAUUCAAAAAUUUUGAGUUCUACAUUAAUUCAAGAGAACGGCUCCAUUCAAGAGAAUGACAGGAAGCAGUACAACAGUGACGCUUCCACACUUGAAAGUAACCCCAGAACUUCUGCUCACAAGUCAAGCGAAGUAUCUUUAAAAAAAGCUUGCAGAAUAUCAGAUAGAAUACAAUUCGAAGAAGACAGUGUAGACUAUGAACCUAAGGAAGAUAGUCCAAAACUUGACGUUCAGCUCCAACAGUUCAUCAGUUCCAGUGUGAACUUGAGGCAGUUGCAGGACUCGGCCGGUGAGCCCUGCAUCAGUGAUGACGAUGAAGUUUGGAUUUUCAAAGUGCCUCAUGACAUUUCAGUUGGCGAUUUAGAGAAUAAAAACUUGACAUUAGAUGGUAAGAAGAAAGUCAAGAUAAAUGGAAACACUUAUGAUACCAACAUCGACACUACUGUAAGUGCGACUCCGAUACUCAUAUUUAAUAAAAGAAAAGCAUGUAUAAAAAAUAUACCAUCGAAGGGUGUUAUAAAUUUACGUAAAAGGAUUCCUAAAAUUCAUAUUCCAUACGAGUCAUUGACGAUGAGUAACGAAAAUACGUUCAUUCCACUGCCCGAUACCAAGUGCCGCCACCCCUUGUUCGGCGCGCACUACAAGAAGGCCGCCCGCGUGCCGCCGGCGGUCGCCGAGCGCCUGCACCGCGCGAGCCUGCCGCCCCGCGCUGCUGCCGCGGGCGCCGCCAACCAACCAACAGUCGAGACUGAAUCAGAUGUCGACGUCAAACCUAACAUUGAAGAGCUACACUCCCACAGAAAGAAGAGAAAAAUGAAAGAAAAACUAAAGAAGGAAUCCGAUACUGACGCGAAUCCUGGCACCGAGGCACUGAGUUCCAAAAAGAAGAAAAGAAAAAGUGAAGAAAGACUCAGGUUCGAAGCCGACAGUGAGACGAAACCUAGCAUGGAGGUGUCGCACUCCAAAAAAAGGAAGAAAAAAAAUAAAAGAAGACUCGAGACGGAAUCUGACAUGGAGAUGAAACUAAACACCGAGGCGUUACACUCAAACAAAAAGAAAAGGAAACAUAGUGAGGAGAGGGGAGCUCGGAAGAAAGCCAAACGAGAGAAACACGACCCCAGCGGCGCCGACGCCUGGGACUCCGAGCGAGCCAUAGAGAAGAAUCUAUUUGAUUUUUAAAAAUGUGUAUUAUAAAGAAUAUUUUUACUA